AUGAAGAUAGUGAGUUACAACGUGAAUGGCCUUAGGCAACGAGUUUCUCAGUUCGAUUCUCUCCUCAAACUCCUCGAUUCCUUCGACGCCGAUAUCAUCUGCUUCCAGGAAACGAAGCUUAGGAGGCAAGAAUUGACAUCGGAUUUGACGAUAGCUGAGGGAUACGAAUCGUUCUUCUCGUGCACUCGCACGUGCGAGAAAGGUCGUACUGGUUACUCUGGUGUGGCGACUUUCUGCAGGGUAAAGUCAGCGUCUUUAAGCUGUGAAGUUGCUUUACCUGUUGCUGCUGAAGAAGGUAUCACUGGUCUUGUUAACAGUAGCUUCUCGAGAGGUGGGAAGAAUGAAAGUUCUGUUAUAGCUGAAGGUCUUGAGGAGUAUGAGAAAGAUGAGCUUCUUAGGAUUGAUCAAGAGGGUCGUUGCGUUAUAACUGAUCACGGACAUUUUGUUGUUUUUAAUGUCUAUGGACCGCGAGCUGUAGCUGAUGAUGCUGAGAGGAUUGAGUUUAAGCAUCGGUUCUAUGAUGUUUUAGAGAGAAGGUGGGAGUGUCUUCUGCGUCAAGGAAGAAGGGUAUUUGUUGUUGGGGAUCUCAACAUUGCUCCUUUUGCUAUGGAUCGGUGUGAAGCUGGUCCUGACUUCGAGAAAAACGAGUUCAGAAAAUGGUUUAGAUCUCUACUAGUUGAACGUGGAGGCUCCUUCUCUGACGUUUUCAGAUCUAAACAUCCUGAAAGGAAGGAUGCAUUCACAUGUUGGUCUUCAAGUAGUGGAGCAGAACAAUUUAAUUUCGGUUCGAGAAUUGAUCAUAUCUUAGUUGCUGGAUCAUGCUUACAUGAAGAAGGAGAUCAGCACGGCCAUAAUUUUAUAGCUUGCCAUGUUAAGGAGUGUGACAUAUUAACAGAGUAUAAGCGGUUUAAAAAUGAAAACAUGCCAACAAGGUGGAAAGGUGGAUUGGGUGUCAAAUUAAAGGGAUCAGACCAUGUACCUGUCUUCACAAGUUUUGAUGAUUUGCCUGACAUCCCCCAACACAGCACACCUCCUUUAGCUUCAAGAUAUCUUCCCAUGAUUUACGGUUUCCAGCAAACUCUUGCGUCAGUGUUAAUGAAAAGGCAAGCCAACGAGCAAGCCAAAGCCAUUGAGGUUUCAUGUUCAUCAUCCAGUCAAAGUAACGCUACACCAAGUUGUGUAGAGAUCUCUACUGGACCACUCAGAAACUGCAGUUCGACGGGUAUCUCACCUGAGGAAACAUCUGGAGGCUCCAGUAAUAACCUUAGUGAUAGAAUGUGUGUGUCAUCUGUGAGAGCUGAGAAUAUCUCUAGAGAUGGAAACAAGAAAAAAGUGAGGAGGAUCCAAUCUUCUCAGCUUUCUCUCAAGUCCUUUUUCACUUCUAAAUCUGCUUCAUGUGUUUCAUCAAGUCAGAGUUCCCAAGUCGAGAGCAUCACAGAACCAACUGUUUCCAGCAAAGUAGAGGAUGAACUGACUAGUACGUCAUCACAGGAACAAGAUCAAAGCGGUUCGUCGGCCAAACAAAAGAACGAUGCAGCAUUAGUGGAGUGGCAAAGAAUACAGAACCUAAUGCAAAACAGCAUACCUCUCUGCAAAGGACACAAAGAAGCUUGUGUCGCUCGUGUUGUAAAGAAACCAGGUCCCACAUUUGGACGCAGAUUCUACGUCUGCUCUCGAGCUGAGGGACCUUCCUCUAAUCCAGAAGCAAACUGUGGUUAUUUCAAAUGGGCUUCUUCCAAAUUCCGAGACAAGUAGUAUUCAGGAACGAGGGAUUUAAUUUAGUGAGCUCAGGUACACUGUAGAACCUCGACAAUGUCGGUAUAUAGUUAAUGUUUGUCUCUCGAGUCCUUGACCAAUGUGUUGACUUGCUGCUCGAUUUGGCUUCUUUCAACGUUCAAUGUAUAAACUAACGUUUGGCAUAAAUGCUAAUUAUAAUGUAUUAAUGUUAAUUGACAUGAUGGAUACGUAUACGUAUGUGUCAUGGAAUGAUAAUUAUUAAAUUGGACGCUGACGAGAAAGCACAGAAAUGCUUAUGUAAUGCAAUGUGUCACCCACGAAUUUUGUGGUGCAUCACUUGGGAUUUGUUUAUUCAGUUUUGAUUAUACAAGUAAAAUUGUAUGUGUUG